AGAUGAACCAUACAUACAGGUCACACACAAGUUCCAUUGAUCAGCAAAGGCAAGUUCGACCCCUGUACGUAGCUAACGGUCUCAAUCUAGGAUCCACAUUUCGUCGAAACACCAUGCCGUCGAUCGCCACCAAGGCCAGCGGCAACAACGGCGAGAUCAAGCAGCAGCAGAAAGAGCUGGUCUGCGUGACGGGAGCAGGAGGGUUCAUCGGGUCGUGGGUGGUGAAGGAGCUGCUCCUCCGUGGAUACCGCGUCAGGGGAACCGCCAGGGAUCCCGCCGACCGGAAGAACGCGCACUUGCUGGCGCUGGAGGGAGCGGAGGCGAGGCUCACGCUGUGCCGCGCCGACGUCCUCGACUACGACGGCCUCCGCGCCGCCUUCGCCGGCUGCCACGGCGUCUUCCACGUCGCCUCUCCCGUCUCCAACGACCCCGACUUGGCGCCGGUGGCCGUGGAGGGGACGAGGAACGUGAUCAACGCGGCGGCGGACGCCGGCGUGCGGCGCGUGGUGUUCACUUCCUCCUACGGCGCCGUGCACAUGGACCCCAAACGCAGCCCCGACGCCGUCCUCGACGAGUCCUGCUGGAGCGACUACGAAUUCUGCAAACAAACCGGCAACCUGUACUGCUGCGCGAAGAUGAUGGCGGAGAUAACGGCGACGGAGGAGGCGGCGAGGCGCGGGCUGGAGCUGGCGGUGGUGGUGCCGUCCAUGACCAUGGGCCCCAUGCUCCAGCAGCAGCUCAACUUCAGCAGCGGCCACGUGGCGCGCUACCUGACGGGCGCCAAGGCGGCCUACCCGGACGCCGUCGCCGCCUACGUCGACGUCCGCGACGUCGCCCGCGCCCACGUCCUCGCAUACGAGCGCGCCGCCGCCGCCAACGGACAACGCUUCCUCUGCAUCGGCGCCGUGCUGCACCGCGCAAGCUUCCUCCAGCUGCUCAAAGAACUCUUCCCGCAGUUCCCCGUCACCGCCAAGUGCCAAGUCGACGGGGAGCCGAUGGCGAAGCCGUACAGGUUCUCGAACCAGAGGCUCAAGGAUUUGGGGCUGGAGUUCACUCCUCUGAGGGAGAGUUUGUACGAGACGGUGAUGUCCCUGCAGCAAUACGGUCACCUGCCGCAGCUGCCUGCUCCCGUGGCGCCGAAGCGUGCGUACCUGUAACUGUAACAACACAAGGCAUGGGACGAGGAACCUGUCGGAAGGAAGGAAGGAAGGAAGAAAGAUGUGUGUGGAUUUAUGGAAUUCAGUUGGGAAUUGUGUCUCUUUUGUACAGGUGUCAACACUCAACACACACACACACAGCGUGUAAUCAAACCUCUUCUGCAGAUGAAGAUGUGAUGAGUUCUUUAUCUGAAUUGAAGGGGAAAAAGUUGUCUGUAAGUCUCUGGCAUGUUCAGCUUGAAGUAUUUCUGCAGGUUCCUGAUCUCCUUUUCGUUCAGAA